UGAUAUACAAAUAAAUUAAUAAUUUGUAUAAAUAUUAUUGAUAUAUAUAAGUUGAUGUGAGACAAUUCUACUUCCAUAUUUUCUGUUCUAUAUGUUGUAUAUCUAUAUAUGUUUUAUGUAUGUUCUUUUCUAGCAGGUUGCACAUAUGUUGUUUUCUAUAACAUGUUGUAUAUAUAUUUUCUAUAUGUUUAUAUCCAUGUACGGUACAGUAUGUUGAUGUGAUAGAUGAACUAAUGAAGCAUUAUUUGUAUUUUUAUUAUUGAGUGAACUUGUGUUCUAUAUCUAUAUGUAGGAUUGUUCUAUAUCAAUACGGUAUAUCUAAGUGCAUUUCUAUAAGAAGCUAUAUCUUUCAUCUUCAAGCAGUUCAGUGAAAACUUUCAGCCAGGUCACGUGACUCUCAUAAGCGUCACAGCACUGGCCGAUGACGUCAUUGUCUUUGGCCACCUGGCCGGCCCAAUGAGGACUCUUCUGGACUGGACCUUCAGCCGCCGCUUGCAGUCUCGUCCGGGAUUUGUCUUUGGAUCAGAACCGACGGCGGCGGCGCUCCGGAGCGCGGGAAGCCGCCAUGCAGCCACUGGCACGCGCACGGGCAUGAAGACGCCGCGCGGCCGACAUGGAGACGAGCCGGGUCCGAGGCGUGUGCACGCUGACCGUGCUGCUGCUGCUGCUGUGCGUGUGCGUGUGGCCGCCGAGCUGCGGCGCCAGCUGGAUGUUGUUGGGUUUGAGUUCUGCGGGUCAAGCCGACGAGGCAGGCUGCUCUGAACUUCCUCUGAGUGCCCAGCAGAGGGAGGUGUGCCGAAAAAGGACUUUUCUGAUCCCCAGCAUUCGGGACGCUGCCCGGCUGGCCAUUAGCGAGUGUCAGAACCAGUUCCGACACGAGCGCUGGAACUGUUCCACCCGCCAACACCCGUCCGUCUUUGGCCACGAGCUGACAAGCGGAACCAAGGAAACAGCCUUCCUUUACGCGGUGAUGGCGGCCGGGCUGGUCCACGCCGUCACGCGCUUUUGUAGCCACGGCAACGUGAGCGAAUGUGGCUGCGACGCCCGCCUGAAGGGGGCGGGUUCUCCCGCCGAGGGUUGGCACUGGGGAGGCUGCUCGGACCACGUCCAGUACGGGACCUGGCUUAGCCGCAGGUUCAUCGAUCAUGCCGCCAAAAACACGUCGACCGACGCCAGAGGCCACGCCCUCCUCAACAUGAACGUGCACAACAGCGAGGCGGGGCGCCAGGCUGUCGUCAUGACGAUGUCCACCGACUGUCGCUGUCACGGCGUGUCGGGCUCGUGCGCCGUCAAGACGUGCUGGAGGACCAUGGCGCCGUUCGGCCAGGUGGGCGGCUACCUGAAGGAACGCUACGAGCACAGCGUCCAGCUGUGGGCGGGCGGCAAGAGGAAGAGCAAAAGAAAGGAGCCGCCACGGCGCCCCCCGGUGGACAAACACCAGCUGGUCUUUAUCAACAAGUCGCCCAACUACUGCCUGGAGAACCGCCGCUGGGGCGUGUUCGGCACCAGGGGGCGCCGCUGCAACCGCACCUCCAGCGGGCCCGACGGCUGCAAGCUGCUGUGCUGUGGGCGUGGCUACAACACGCACGUGGAGCGUCACGUGCACCGUUGCGCGUGCAAGUUUGUGUGGUGCUGCUACGUGCGCUGCCGGCGCUGCGAGAGUAUGAGCGACACGCACACGUGUAAGUGAGCGCCGGUGCUGCCCCCUGGUGGUCACCUGCUGCAUUGGCGCUACGCGGACAAUACGGCUCCCGCAACUGACUUCUUUCGCUCGCCCCUUGGACGUAUUGGUGCUAAAUCUUCAACCAAAAAAACUGAAAAAGCCGAUGGAGAAUUUUAGAAAAUAAAUCAUUUUGCUUUAAUGAAUAACAACU